CUCUCUCACAUUCUCUCUCUAUCAUUCUCUCUCUCUCUAGCAUUCUCUGAGUCAUACACACACACACUCACACAGCCAAUCCACCCAGAUAGACACACCCACAUCAAACACUCAAUACAAUUACACAUUUUUACACCCAUUACUCCCGUCCGUCCGUUUGUUAGCUUGACCGGCGGCGCCACCACCACCACCACAAGGCCGAGAAAAAGUCUCCAUAUCCCUUACCCUCCUUCCACUUGUCACAUACUCUCAACUCUCUCACUCUUAUUUCCCUCUCUCAUCCACAACAAACCAAUAGCUUAACUGAAAACUAGGACUCCCUCACUUUAGACACAAACUCCUUUUUCACCAUACAAACCAACAUCAACCCUUUACUACAAGAACACCUCUCACCUCUCUCCUCUCUUCCUCUUUCUCUAUUUCUAAUUUACCUGUUCGUUACACAUUAUCUAUGGCUCUGGUUGUGGAUCAACAACCAAACUUCAAGUAUUAUUGUAGGAUUUGUAAGAAAGGUUUUGGGUGUGGCAGAGCUCUAGGUGGUCAUAUGCGAGCCCAUGGCAUCGGAGAUGAGACAGGUCAUAUGGACGACGAUGACCCCGCCGCCGACUGGGACCCUCCACCAGGUACCAAGCGUAUGUAUGCAUUGAGAACCAAUCCAAACCGUCUUAAGAACUGCCGGAUCUGUGAGAAUUGUGGCAAAGAAUUCUCUUCAUGGAAAGCAUUCCUUGAACAUGGUAAAUGUAGCUCCGACGAUGCUGCGGCCGAGUCUCUCGUGUCUUCACCGGGAUCCGACGAUGACGAUGAUGUCGAAGACGGCCGGAGGGGUUGUGGGUGGUCUAAAGGCAAGAGGUCUAGAAGACUCAAACUUGGCAUAACCAAUUCCAAUUGCCCAUCAAGUGAGGAUGAAGAUCUUGCUAAUUGUCUAGUAAUGCUAUCCACAGCCCGGGUUGAUCCCCUUGUAGCCGAAACCGAGUCAUCUUGCGCUUCAGCUAGUAAGGACGAGGAACAGCGACGGAACCUGGCGGCGCCACCCCCAGCCAUAAAUAGACUCUCCGCCGACAAGGCUAAGGGGGUUGUUAGAGGUAUGUUUGAGUGUAAGGCAUGUAAGAAAGUGUUCAAUUCACACCAGGCCUUGGGUGGUCACAGGGCUAGUCACAAGAAGGUGAAGGGAUGCUUUGCAGCAAAGCUUGAUGAUCUUGAUGAGAGCCAAGUUGAUGAAGAUGUGAUUACCAAUGAUGAUUUCUCUAUCCCUAGCAAAUCCAUUGCAAUUAUACCUUAUGACCAAACCUCAUUGGCUGUCCCUUCUAAGAGAAAGUCUAAGGUUCAUGAGUGUUCUAUAUGUCAUCGUGUGUUCUCAUCUGGGCAAGCCUUAGGUGGCCAUAAGAGGUGUCAUUGGGUAACUUCAAAUUCUCCAGACACAUCUUCAAUCCCUAAGUUUCAUCAUCAACUUGAGGAACAUCAAAGACCCAACUUCAUCAAUAAGUCUGAGCCACUUGAUCUCAACCUUCCUGCACCUAUUGAUGAAAUUGCCGGAGUCCGGCAAGAUUCCGAUAACCUGUUAAGUUUCGAGGUCCCGACGGCGAUAUAUCUACAACCAUGGAUUGGGGUACACUCAAAUAGCAACAACAAUAACCACAAUCAUCAUCAUCAUCACCACCACCAUCACCACCACCAACACCAAAACAAUGACAACAACAACAGUAACAGCAACAGCAACAAUAACCAGACCAACAACAACAACAAUAAUACUAUUACUACCACCACCAACAAUGCUAAGAGUACUACUUCAGGGAUUAAUGUGGAUGAUGAAGCAGAUAGUAAGGUCAAGUUAGCAAAGCUAAGUGAUCUGAAGGACAUGAACUUGGGUGGUGGCUCAUCUCCAUGGUUGCAGGUUGGGAUUGGUUCAACAGCUAAUGGAAGUAUUGACCCAUGAAAGCUUUGAAUCAACAGAGAGAGAUCAGUAUCUACCUCAUAGUGUAUUUUUUGUAUCAAGAACCUGUAAUUAAAAAAAUCAACAAGCCCAAAUCCCCCCAUCAUUCUUGUUAUUAUAUUACCAUCACCACCCUUUUUUUUCCAUUUUUGUUCUGUAAUUUUUUUGGUGGGUCCCUUGAGAGAAUCCCAUCUGUGAUUCCUAAUUGGAUUUUUCAGGCAUAUAUUUCUGAAUAAAAAAUGAUUCUUUGUUAUUUUUUCCCC